AGACCUUAACGCUGUUUUACAUUUUAUAUGGUCCUGUAAUAAUACUGUACGAUAAACAACACACAAGAAUGCAACCAAAACAAAACAAGCGAAGGCCUAGAACUAGCAAAACAUCAAUAGUAUGAUAGUUUAUAAACAAAAACAGUUACGUCUUCUGAACUGGCUUUUGCUUGCGCUUCGGAAGGAAUUCAUUAUGAUCAUUUUGAAUUCCAUCAUUGUCAACGUGAUUUGUCAUUGCAAUCCGCAUCACAAUCCAGGGUAGGCCUCUUAUGCUCAUCAGUUUACACGCAUCACUCAUAUUGAUAUUGUUGCUAAAUAAAUAUUUAUAUUUAGCACUGAAAUCUCUGACAAAGGGAAAUACGAAACUGUAAAUCAAUUAGAAAGUAGGUAACGAGCUGCAGUUGUUGUCGGCUGAUUAUGUGGGAUUUGAACUCCGGAACGGGAAAUUAAACAAAUUUUGACUUUAACUUGAAAAGAGGAGAAUCCCUCGUUCGAAGUUCACUCUUCGACGUGAUUUGCGAAUGUAAACACACUGGCGCACUUGCAUUACGGGCUUACGAACUCAUCUUGAACACGGAUUUGUUUUGUUUAUGUCUCUAGAAUAUCAUUUCAAACAGAGUCCGUAGGCCUAGCGUUGCUGUUGGAUUUCUGGAAUUCCUGAAAUGAAAGCCAGGGAUUGAUUACAGCCUAACAAGCUAGGUCGUUUUCAGUAAUAUGUUUCGUCAACUCAUACCCUCGGAUCGUCCCCUUUAGGCAAAUGUGUUGACACCUGGUCUAUUUUCGUACGACGGUACGUCAAAAAGAACCGCAGACGACUUCGAAGAUGAUUGUCAUUCGCUAGUAUAUUUUAAUUGGUCAGUGAAUUAUUCCAACCAUUCACUAAUGUAGUGCAAUGGAAUGGUGUAUGGUUGUUUUUAGUCAUGAAACGAAGCGGAAAAUGUUGAUCAGAACUUAGGGCUUGUGAUCGUUCAAAGGCGAACGAUUCUUGCAAAAUUUCAGCUGUUACCGUCGGAGGAGACAUACGACUGUGGAGUGAUUGCAUGCAUGGAUAGGAAGUUAAUAUAGUUGGCGUUUGGAAUGCAGAGGCUUCGUCGUAUCCUAAAAUUAGUUUGGAUGACCUUAUAAAAAGGAAUAGAUAAUCUUCAACUGAUUAGUUCAUCGUAUAAACAAGACCUGAAGUUGUUCGCGGUAAAUUGCUUGGAAACAUUUCCUAAAAGCUGCACCUGAAUAUAUUAAGAUGACAAGCUGUGAUGAUGUCAGUUACCCAUCAGCCUACCUGGAGGCGGUCCGUCCUGAGAACCGACUAGCUGACCCUAAUACUGAACUAACAUCUAUUUGCUACCCUGUUUUCGAAGGAGAUCAGAACAGGAAUCUAACUAGGCCUACUAAAAACGGAGACCCGAGAAGCCUUUCACAAUUUGUAUGUAACGACGAUAAUGAAGGUAUUCCGGCGGUAAAUCAAGAAAGAGGCACCACUGAUGUCGUAGAGAGAAUAGUUAUUGCUUCAGGUGUAGACUCCAUCAAAGCCGUUCCGUACAGGUCCAUUGACGGACAAAUCUCCGACGACAGUACAAAAUCCCACCCAUUCUCGAGCAGUGAACAUUGCCCUAUGACCGAAGAAUGUGACAGCGUCGGAUCCAGCGACGACGGCGACGAACAGCGGAAAAUAUCGUUUGAUUUAGAAUUACAAAGUAAUUUCUCCCAAGUAAAUGAUAAUUUCGUCCCAGCGAUAUCUGACGACUGUCAUCCAAAUUUGGGAUUGAAUAAUUUGAUUUUACUUAAUGGUAAACGAGACACUGAUUCAAAUUCCUUGCUAGUGGAUAUUGACGCCAACCAUAAAGAAAUAUCGUAUUUAGAAAAUGGAAUUCUAGAGGCGUACGAUAAUUUCGACGAUACGGAGUACGAUUUAGCAUUUAUAGACGAUUCCUCUGAUACGCUCGACCUUCCAGUUUUACUCAAACAAGAUUUAGUAUCGUUGCAGGAGGGUUUAUUUGGUAGAGGGGAGCUUGAUAUUGUAUUAUCAGACGAUGCGCAAGAGCAACAACUUUUGGAGACGAGGAAUCGAGCACGCGAGGCUGCGUUCACCGCGGAGCUUGAACAAAGAGGGCAGCAUAGAUCGCUUUACGCAACGUACGGCGACCUGAGUCAGCUCGCUAUUGAUUCGCAUGAGAAUGGAACAGACGAUGAUGAAGAUGAAUUAAUAUGCCGGGCCCAUCAGCUAGCUGCGCUACAUAGUAAUUCAUCCACAAUAUCCACAGCACAUCCGUCGAAUAGCCGGGCGUUACAAUCGAUUUUACUAGCAGGCAAUGAAAUACAUGCGUACGUUGGUAGCGACAGAAGGAGACAAAAUCAGCAUGCAGUACUCACUAAAUCUAGGAGUUUAGACGAUCCUUUUUGUGACAAUUCUGGAAUACGUAUUUCUCCUUUAAAUUCCACACAGAGGGGCGUAAUAUUAGUGGAGAGUUCCAACGACGAGCAAGUGGUCGACGAAAAAGGCGUGGACAAGGUGAGUAACCCGUCCGUAUCAUGCAAAGACACAAAUGAAAAUAUAGAGACUAAUAUGGCUACUGUUGAGCCAGAUAUUAAGGAGGAGAAUGUUGAACCUAAGGUGGAGAAAGAUUCUGAAAGUAACUUGAAAGAAAAUGCUGGAAAUAAUAUGGAGGCGGAAAAUGAAAAUACAUCAGAAAGCGCAAAGAAUAAGGUAGAUAUAAAAUGCUACGAUGAUGCAGUAAUUGAUGAAAACACACCCAGCUCUGCAGAUAAUGUGGAUCAAUGUGAUGAAGAGACGAAGGAAGAACAACAGUCACUCAGAAUUGAUAUCAAUACACAGAUAUCAAAUAUGGACGAUAGACACCAGUUAAUGAGUAAUCAGCUAAUAGAAUUUGCAGACAACAAAUCUAUCAAAGAAAACGAAUCAUUUAUGAAAUUUCUUGAGGAAUUACGCUCGCAUUUAGCAUGUUCUCGUUCCUUAAUGAAUGACCUCGUAGAGGUAAACUCUAACCUAGAGAGGAAGAAUAUAGAAACUGCACAGGAACUAGAGGAGGCACAAGAUCGGUUUCGAGAAGGAGAUGUCAACGACUUCAGAGACCUACAGAAGGAAUUAGAACAGGCGUCUAGAAAUUGUAGAAUCAUGCAAUUUAAGCUGCGGAAAGCGGAGAAGAAGUUAGAGGAGGAUGCAUUGGGAAAGAGUGAUGGUAAUGGUAAAAGUAAACCUAAAACACCAGACCUUCCUGAUGGCGACCCUACCAAGGAUAAAAUACGCGAUCUUAACCAACAGCUUGCCGUUGCAAAAGAUGUAUCUGUUCGUCUGCAUCAAGAAUUGGAAAUGAUUGAAGAUAAAAGAACCAAAUUAGACGAAGAAAAUCAGCUAUAUCGGAAGAGACUUGAAGAUUCUGAUAGCACUAAGCAACAACUAAAACGGGACCUCGAAAAAAUGAGAACGGAGUUGUAUCGCAAAGAAGUAAGUGUUCCACGUUGUAUUGUUUAGAUGUUGUUAGCUUUCUUCGCAUGUUUCUCGUGUAAUCAUAUUCUACAUUAUCAAGUCAACAUUACAUUAUAGUCGCAGCAGAAACGAUCACUUAUUACAAAUUUAAUGUAUUCCAUAGAAUUUAGAUUGUCAUUCACUUGGGUGUGACACCCUGUUGUCAUUCCAAGAGCAUUCUCUCUUUCUGCAUCCUGAUUUUUCAUAUGUUCUUUUUAAAUUAUGUAUUCCUAUUUUUUUUUAUGUUGAAAAUUUCAAAAAUAUUUUCAAAUUUUCAAUAAGUAAUAUAUAUAAAUAUGAAGUUAAUCUAAUUGUGUAUAUAUUUGAUCAUUUGGUCUACUAUUUAUAUUUCAUUUCUCCUUGCUCCACUCCUUUGAAAAUAUAUUUCUGAAUUAACACUGAACUUAAUGGUAUAGACAUCCAACUAUUUGUAUUUCCAUGUAUUUCAUGCACUUUUCAUUUUCAUAUCAAUGCCAAUUUUUAUGCAUUGUGAAGUAAAUAAAACAGUGAAUGAGAUUCCUGCCGGGAAUUAUAGUCACGACGCCGUGUUAGGUGGGGUUUUCCUGAAUAACAUAACUCCAGCCCUUAAGGGAAUUAUUAUUUCAUUAUAUAUGCUAACUAUACUGUAUUAGCCUACAUAAUGAAUUAGCUGAAGUACAGGUAGGUUGUAUAAAAUGGUAAUAAUAUAGGUUACGUAAACCUACAUACAGACACUAUACACGUUAAUGGAGAGACAACAAUAAAAUGCUAAACAAUAGACAUGUAAAUGAUGCUUACGUGAUUAUAAUAUUAGGCCAAAUACUCUCGUAGUAUAAAAUGGUUUUAUAACAAUACUCUGGCGUAAACUGAUCAAUUAUUAGAUACCGUAAUUAUCAUAUCAUGACAUGAAAUACUGUUCGAUUUGAAUAAUCAAGGAGUAAGCCAGGCUGGGGAAUUUAGUUGAACCUGUUGAAAAUAUUGUAAAAGCUAUUCAGUCACUAGGCCUAGACUAGAUUGCUGGUCUCGCUGAUACUCUCUGUCAAUCAAUGAAAAAUAACAUAGAACUGGUGAUUAGCGUUAUUUAGAGUUUAACGACUUUAGACCUGGUUAUUAUCAAUGGCUACAGAUUGUGUCUGACAAUAAUUGCAAUCAUGACAGGUCAUAACCAAGUCGGAUAAAGUUACGUCAUAAUUUACUUUUUUCUAUCGGUUUGUAUUGAAGGGAUCGUCUUAGAGUGUACAGUCCCCUUAUUAUGAGGUUGAUUUAUUACAAAAUUGAAUCGAAUUGAUGUAGCUCAUAACCAAUACUAGAAUGUUUUUGAUAAUAUAUUUCUCACUUUUUUUUUUCUAAUAAAAUCUUUAAAUUUUUGUAUAAGCCUGUUUUUUUGUCCUAGCAAGUCCGAUUUAGAUUAGGCCUUUUUGAGCGAAUUGGAAAUUAUGUCACGGAAUGAUUGAAAUUUCUCAACUCAACCAAAAUUCUUAUACGAAAUCACAAAAACACUUCCUUCGAAAUAUAAAGUCAUGUGCUAUGAAUGUAGGCCAAUUAAUAUAUCCCACGUUAUAAAACUAUAUAAUAAUUUUAAAAAAAAGAAAAGAAAAGGGAAAAUAAAGAGCUAGGCCUACAUGCCCUUCAUUGUAAAAAAGUAUUUAUGAAUGGAAAAGGUAAGAUGAUUAUUUUUGUAACGGCAAUGUGUUUAUUUCCCGAACGAUUGUCUUUCAGUUAGUUUGCUUGUUUUACACAUAGUUCUAGAGUUAAAUUUUGUUGAAAAAACUUAAAAGCCUUACCAAACAUUGAGGGCGUUGUAUGACUUUUAACCUAGAGUAAUUCUGUCGAAAUUAAUUUCCGUUAUGUUUUGUGUCAACUGAAAAUGCAUUGCAUUCUUUUCCCUCAUUUCACACGACAGAAGACGUUUCAUGUAAGCGUUUCAAGUUUCUCAAAUAUUUGUAUUUAUAUACCUUAAAAAAGCUCCAAUGAUAUUGUUUCCACAAUUGUAGCAUUACAGGCGUCAUCAUUUCUCUGUGGUUGGAUGAGGCAACGCGUCCUUGGGAAAUAGAGUGUUGCACCAUGUACGUGUAGCACGAAGCUAAUUCUAAUAAAAUGCCAAAUCAAACCUACUG